AGAGAUGACCAGGCAACAGAAGCGUCUUGGCCAAUUGUUCCUUUUGAGGAUUCCUCGCUUCGUCGAAUGUCUACCAUUGAUCAUAGCCAACUUCGAGCUAAGAGCCUGCAAUCUCACUCAAUUCCUUCUGAGCACAUGCAUUUGCAACAUCUCCAACAGCAGCAGCGGCAGCAUCACAAUCACGACUCCAGCCAUCAUCUUCACGAGCGCAGACAGCGUCGUCAGCAGCAGGAAUCUGAUCCGCAGCCGUUAGAAUUUUGCCAUCCUCCUCAUCCUGUACAGGAUCCAGUCCACACACUUGCAAGGCCUAAUCCUUCAGGCAAGAUGCCAAGUCAAAAAAGGGGAACGGAAAUACACUACAAGGAUAGUAUCUUUGUGAUCGCGAUUUCCGCCAUGGUUGGGCAUUGGUUGUGCAAAAAAGACGGUACCAAACUUGGCAUCAAAUUGGCCGAAAAGAUGUAA